AUGACGAUCGAAAGAGCUCGAGUCCCGUUGAGCCGGUGGCAACAAGCGGCGGUAGCGAUGGGAUCUGCGGUCGGUGCGUUGGUAAAUCCUCGUAGAGCGGAUCUGAUCGCUGCUCUCGGUGAAACCACUGGUAAACCAGCUUUUGAAAUGGUUCUUGAGAGGAUGAAGAAGAGUCCUGAAGGAAGAGCUAUAUUACUGGAGCGUCCUCGUGUAGUGUCAGAGCAAGUAGGUCAUGCUUGGGAUCUACCAGACAACACAUUUGGAGCUGCGUAUGCCAAAUUCAUGGGAUCUAGAAACUUCUCCCCCGAUGAUCGUCCGCCAGUAAGAUUCAUGGAGACAGAUGAAUUGGCUUAUGUAGCAACACGGGCUCGUGAAGUUCACGACUUAUGGCACACUCUAUUUGGACUCCCUACAAAUCUUAUAGGUGAGUCGGCYCUAAAAGUCAUAGAAUUUGAGCAAAUGUAUCUACCGAUGUGCAUGCUUUCUGUGAUUGGAGGCACUGUGAGGUUCAACGAGACGCAAAGAUCAAUGUUCUUGAGACAUUACCUUCCUUGGGCUGUUCGAGCGGGAAGACAAUGCACAGACCUCAUGUGUGUGUACUAUGAGCGUCACUUUAGUGAAGAUUUAGAGCAAGUCAGAAGAAAAUGGGGGAUAAUCCCUGCUCCUCAACAUCCUAAAUGA